AUUCGUACUCCCUAUAUAGGUAGACUACAUCGAAUUCAAAAUAGUGGAUUCUACUCCCUAAGUAGUGCACUAGAUAUUACUUUUCAGAUACAGUUAGAAUACGGCCACUGAGUGAGAACAGAAUGCAGUUCAGACAGUUGGUUGAACGCCAGUUAGCAUUUUAGCUAACUCCGAAUUAAACGCGGAUUGUUUUUCGUUUUAAUGCUUUCUUAAACUUACACCGAAGUUGACCAAGGAUUAUUUUCGUCUUCAAGGAGCAGUUGCAUAAUGUUGGGAUCUAUCUGGCAGUGCCUGUAUACCAACUUUCUGCGGUUCUGGUUGAAAUGGUUUCUCAGACAAAUCACAGGAAGAUGCGAGCUGCAGCGGAUCUGCCACGGAUAUGAGCCUGGAGCGCCGAGGACUACACGGAUCGAAAACUCCUUGAAAUCUUCAAAAAACAAGGUGCUGCAAGAUGCUGUGAAUGUGAAGGAAGAUGCAGUGGAGGGCUGUGUGACACAAAUCGUGAAAGAGAAGAAUAUCAAAGAGCAAAAAGAUCCCAAGUUUAAGGUGAAUCUUCAUCAAUGCCUUAUACAAAUAAGUGGCUAUAACACCCUGUUCACGACGGUUGAAGAGCUAAGAAAAGAGGUGUUUGACUCAGAAAAUGAAGAACAUGAGAAAAUGCUUCUUAAGUUGUGGGAUUUGCUGAUGCCAUCCGUUAAGCUGGAAUCUCGAAUCACCAAGCAGUGGGGAAACAUCGGCUUUCAAGGUGAUGACCCAAAGACUGACUUCAGAGGGAUGGGCAUGCUUGGCCUGGUAAACCUUGUGUUUUUCAGUGAGAAAUACACUAAAGCAGCACGGCACGUCCUGUCCCAUGCCAACCAUCCCUCGCAGGGGUACUCUUACGCCAUAGUGGGUAUUAACCUGACUGAGAUGGCCUACAGUUUACUGAGGAGCGGUGCUUUGAAGCCUCACUUCUACAACACUGUGGCAGGGAAACCGCACAUGCACCACUUCCACCAGCUUUACUGUUACUUGGCAUACGAGUUUGAUAAGUUCUGGGUGGAAGAAAAGCCUGCAAGCAUCAUGGAGUUUAACAUUUACAGAGAGAAGUUUCAUGACAAGGUGAAAGGGCUCCUUCUGGAGCCGGAAGUCUCCCUCAUCUUAAAGAUUGAAUCUAAAAACUGUCCAGAUGACUGAGAGUUUUUGUUCUAUGACUGAUUUAAAAAAAAAAAAAAAAAAAAAAGAUGACUGAAUAAUAGCUUUUAAGCACAUCCCUCUCCUACGCUUCCUGUUUUUAAACACAGUAACAAGUAGCAGAUUUAUAAACCAUAGGAUCAUUCCUGAGCACAAUACUGUAGAGCUGAAUUGUGUCACCACCACUUACUAAUAGAAUUUUUAUUUUGGACAUACUUAAAAUUAUUAACAAUUCUCCUCAUACUUGAAAUUUGAGUUAUAUUUAUGGUUCCUGUUGGUUUCCUCAGUAUUCAUCUCAGGAAUUUGAUAUUUAUGACAAUAGGGAAAAUCGUAUAUGUUCCAAAUGAAUCUUGUCUUAUGUUAAAUUGUCUUACACAUGGACAAUUCAGUGUGUUUUUGCAUGUUUUAAUGCUUUGUUUGCUAAUAUGUUUAGCCUUACUGGACACUAGUUUAGCUUUAUAACAGAUAUUAAUGGUUUAUGUAUUUGAUGUGUUAUUCUAUAAUCAGUAACGGUGGAAAUACUGUAUGGUACUAGUGUUCAAGUUAAAGUCAUAGUUUGGCUUAAAAUGAAAUGAAAUUUACAACAUUGCUUUUUUUAAACUAUAAAGAAUAACCUUUAUAGUUUACCUUAACAAAUAAGGGAACCUUAUAGUGUCUGAUUUAGCACUGUGCACACACUUUCUUAAAAAAAGAUAUCAUGUAGCUGUCAGCAUUUUUAUUAUUAUUUUUUUUUGCAUUUUCAUCAUUUUGUCUCAGAGAGCUUCAGAAUUUGGACCUCCUACCUGAGGCAUUGUUUGUACCAAAUGCCACCAAACUACGUGCUAAAGAAGACAAAAAAAAAUCAACUUCAGGAUGGAGCUACUGAUGUAUUUAUCUCGGCGACAUAAUUUUGUCUCUUUGUAUAGACAACAGUGUGUCAUAAAGCACAAGAAAGUAAACAAGCAAGUCUGUUUGAUACUGAAAUGCUUGAAAGCUAUGUGAGGCGAAGAUCAACGCUUGCAUGAUGCUGAACUGUGGAUGUUCACACUAGCAAGCGACAGGUGAUAAAUCAUUUUCUAUGUACCUGUGACAUGGAGCCACGAUUUCAGUGACAGUGCAGCAAGCAACAUUUCCAAAUAUCCAAUUGAUUGGCUUGAAUGAUAAUUCCGACCAAUCCUGUGGCGUGUGUGAUCCGACAUUUCUUCACUUCUCAUCUCCCAACUUUAAUUCCUAUCUGCAAUUAGUUCCUAUCCUGUACUUUUUGAUCUAUAAAAAUAGAAGAAAAAUGCAGAAUUGUGGUUUGAUUUUAUCUUGUCAUAUAGGACCUCUUAUUAAAUGUGUACAGAAACAUUUGAAGAAAAAUAAAGCUUUUAAGGAAAUAGCAGAGAUCGUUGGUGCCUCUGGUGAGUUGGUUUGUGUCUCUGAUCUGCCACAUAACAUGUAAAUCAAACCUAAAUACAUGUUAAACAAAAGUGGUGUGUAUAAAUUGUAUAGUGAGCUGUAUGCUGUACAUUUUGGCUACUACCGUUCUCAUCAGAACAAAGCUAGACAGGCCACGCCGACCACAGAAACUAGAAGCGACAUGAGGGACUUCGUCACUUGCUAGUGUGAAUGUAGAGUUAUCUUUCAUUGCUUAUUAGUUACAUUUGCCUCAUUACUUUAGAGCAAAACUAAAGAAGCAAACUGUGGACACCAAACAUGUUUUUGGUUGAUUGGCUACAUUUAUGUUACAAUGUGUAAAUUAAAAUUUUUGGCCAAACUAUUGCUUUACGUCUGUUAAACUGAACAGUAGCAGCUUUUAGCAGAGUUUUUUGUGUGUAUUGACCCCUGUAUUACAAUUGGCUAAUGUUAAUAAAUACAUUAGUGGUUAAA